AUGAGUUCAAGAUUUCCAAACUUUGAUGCUUAUUUUGAGACUGUCCAGUCAAAGAAGUUACCAUCUUCUUUGCGGGCUUCUUCGACAACUGCAUUUGCACAAAUUCUGGUUCCACCAUUCCCUGAAGUUCCAGGAGGCAAGGUGAGUGUGUGCGUCCACUUGAGCAUGUUUGAUGUGCAUGUGUACAUGUGUGUGCCUUCACGCAUGCAUGCAUGCAUGAGUGCAUGUGCUUGUGUGCAUGUUGGGUGUGCAUGGAUCAACAACAGCUGCAUGAGUGGGAGCAGAUGCUGUUGGUGCUCUGGAAGCAGCAGUCUCAGUGCAACUGGUCCAGUUGCAGUUGCUUGGCUGACCAUUGCUGCUGUUGGUGCAGCAGUGGCUGCUGGAAUGGCUGCAGAGAAAGGUAUCAGGAACUGGAAGGAUGCUCCUACUGCAGCUGAUAAGUUGGGAAAAGAUAUCUACAAAGUCCUCCUUCAAGAAGAACCUUUCAAAUCAACAACAAUUAAUCAGUUAGAUACUGAGAAAUUCUCUGUUUUUGCAUAUCAUAGAAAAUCAUCCCUUUUCUCAUAUGAAGUCGUGAAGUACUUGAAGCAAAAUGUGAGGCCGCUUGCUGUUAUGGAUUUCGUGAAGACCCUUUGCUUCACAAUAGCAUCAUCAGCAACAUGCGCACCUGAAGCCUGCCAUGGAACUGUGAUUGAUAGCGUGGCAUCAAUAUCUGUUCAUCGGAUUUACGUAAUAGAGGGCGAUGACCGUGAAGUUGUUGGUGCCGUGACACUCAGUGAUGUCAAACUCUUGCUGUAUUUAUGA